GCGAUGGGAUUUCGUACGGAACGCCGUCGUCGCGUCAAUCAUCAUGGAGGUGUCGAUGAAGCGACCCGUGCCCGUCGUUACAUCCGUGCUGCGGUGCCGGUCGUUUACCGAAUCCGAACGGCAACAUCUGUUCAGAGUAUCCCGGUUAUUUAUCACGUCCUAUUACGCGUUCGUGUGCUAUUACGGGCUCUUUGUGUUGGAUCUUCGAGGUAUUGACAUACCCACGUUUCUCAAUCUUGGCGACAACUGGUGGUGGAAAUGCAUCUCCGUGUGGAAUUUGGUAAGUCUCGGCGGCAAAUUAUAUCCGCUACCAGUAAUAUACACCAACAAAAAUAUUAUAACCAAUAUAUUAUAUAUUGUACAGGUCUUUAUACCUACAUAUAGAAUCUAAUAUGGAUAUCUCUGUAAAAUAUUAUGAGCACAUUAUUGCGGUUGUUCGUGUUUAUCUCCGAAUAUUUUAUAUUAUUACUUAUUAGGCACGCAGGGCCGGAUUAGAUCAUCCGUGAUUGAAAAAAUUGGCUUUUAUAUCAUAGGUAUCUACUUUUAAAAAUUAUUUUUAUCUAGUGUAUGUUAUAGGUACUUAUAACAUGUGUGCAACACGUCUAAGCAUAUAACAUACCGUACCAAUUGCUAUUUAUUCGUAAAUAAUAAUUAUUAUAAUGUAUUUAUAAUUUAUUGCGACAUAAUUAAAUACAAUAUAAUAAAACACUAAUUUAAAAUCACAAUAAUAAUAAAUUCCUUAUCGCAUGGCGCAGUGCGUUGUUCAAAACGCUCAUGUAAGGAUCGAUAAAAUUCAGUAAUAAAUUGUACAAAAUUAGACUAUUUUUUUUAAGCUUUAGCCCUCUUUUUAUAUAAACAGACAUAAGUAGGAAAUCGAUAAAUGUUAGAAAUGCCCUAUAAUAAUAUAUACGUGCAAUAUAAGAAAAUAUCAGUAUUCAAACAAUUUACGAAAUUAUUUUUUUAAAAGAAAAAAAAUCGAGGUUUCAAGUAGAAACAUAACUUUUAGAAUUUUAGAGUACGUCGUCUAAACAAUAUAAGUAAAUAAGACGUAAUACUUUUCUUUUUAUAAUCAAAUAAGUCAUAAAAUAGAUAUACACAAAAUACCGUGAUGUAUUAAAAUUUGUACACAACGAAAUACACUGCAUAUAUAAUUUUUUUUCAAAAACAUACAAUUACGAAAUUUAAAGCAAAAAAUAAAGAGAACAAUUACAAGAAAUAAUUAUGAAAAGUUUCAAAAAUUUGACCCUGUGACCAAUAUAGACAAUAGACUUGUUGACUACAUCAGAAUAUAUUUAAUAUGACAUUGAUUAUCAAAAGAUCAAAACUAUAUAGGUAAAAAUUAUUAUUACCAAAUAUAAUUUGUGUUGGAGUAUUUUUCAGUAAAAAAUUUAAUUUCCAGCUACUUGACGUACCCACUAAAAAAUUUCAAGAUUAUAUAUAAAUGAAUACAUACAUAUUUCACCGAAAUACGUAUAAAAUAUUAUCCAUUUUUUUUUCUGAUGUAUCUUAUACUCAUAACAAAUUAAUUAUACAUAUCUAAUAUAUUAGCUAGUGUCAAAUAUAUUUGACACUAGCUGGAACAAUGUUAAACAUUUAUAUUUUAAAUAUAGGUACCUACUUGUAGUGUUAUAAUAUGAACACAUAGGCAUGUACUUACUAAAAAACUGCUAACUAUUCGGAUAUUACUGCUGCUUGUCUUUUCGCUGACUAUACACGUUUGAAACUGGUUAAAGUAGGUGACCGAACAGAAUGCAAAUAAAAUGUAUAACUAUUCAGCGAAAUCGGCAAGAAAUUGUAUUUAAUAAUAUGGUAUAUUGUACCUAUGUAUAUAAAAUAUACAUAUACCUAGUUUUAAAAAAAAUUAUAAACAAACCUAUUUCAUACUACUAAAAUCGAAAUAAAAUAUACUGUUUCUUUAAUUAUUAGUAUUAUAAAUGAUAUGGUAUAUUAGGUAUAUCUUUUUUUAGAAUCUCAGCGGAGUGAGAAAUGUAUUGGUUUUACAAAGAUGUUUAUUUUUUUUUUUGUGGUCUUUUUAACUACCUAGAAAUGUUGCUCUGAUUUUCAAUGGAGCACUUCGUCUGAAAGGAAAUCUGUCUAGGGUGAUACUUUAGGAGGAACUUUUUUGAUUUUCCAAGCAUUAUUAAUUAGGAAAACCGGAAAAAAGUAGGAUAGAAAAAUAUAGAUAGAAAAUGAAAAAAUUUACGAAAAAAAUACUUUUAUUAUUUUGAAUUUUGUUUUAUAAAUGUAAUUUAUUAUAAAAUUCUCUUAGAGAAUUGAAAUUUGUACAGAACACUUAUAUUCAUCUCUUAUUGACAUGACCAAAUUUUCAAAACAUUUGAGACUUUUUUGAGCUAUUUAUAAAAAUUUUAAUUUUACGAGUUUUUUACGUAAUUUUUAUUUUAUAGGUGCUUUGUGGAUAUAAUUGUUAGACUAAAAAAAUUUAACAAAAGGUUCAUUAUAAGUCGUACUUAGUGGUCAAAAACAAAAAAAAAAUUAGUGUUAUGUAGUAUUUUUAUUUUUACAAAAGUUUUAAAAUCAAAUGUCGAUCAAAAUCGUUAAUAUUAUAGCCUUUAAAAAUAUGUAUAACUGAACUCCACUCAGAAUCGUUUUUCGUUAGGAAUGGUUUAUCGUUGGUUACUUGUAUAAAAAAUAACUUUAUGUCUUACAUUCCGAACUACCCACAUAUUACAACUGCACCCGUCCUCAGUAUCAAAUAUUUUUUUAAAAAUAUAUUAUUGUUUUACUUUGAAUACUCGCCGAUUGAAAAUAUGUUAUUGUAUCGAAAAAACUUCUUUCGAUAUUACUGGCGUAUGCCAUGCGUUUAUAAAAUGUUAAAUCAUUUUCAGAUUUUCAGAUAUUCUGUUAAAAUGUUUAAUACAACACUCCAAAAUUUCUUUUUUAAAUUUUUUUCUAUAAAAUAUAUGAAAUGUGCAUGAAUAUAUGUUAUUAUAUUUGUUAAUUAAUUUUUUUUUUUUGAAAAUCAUUAAAAUAUGUAAAAAAAAAUUAAUAUAUAUACAUUGACCAACAUUAAUUGUAUCUUGGUUUUUUAUAAAAUAGAGGUCUAAAAAAAACUUAGACGUCCUAUAACAUUAUCUUUUAAAUAUUAUACCUAUUUAACCUGUACACAGUAUUGCUCAUAAUAUUCAACAACUGUUGUAGCAACUAAAUGAACAACUUUUAAAUUUAAAAUAUCAUUUUUUUUUUUUAUUUAAUUUUUACAGGCAAUACAAACAGCUUAUUUCAUAUACUGUACGGUUUUCAUAGAUUUCGCCGAUUCGGGCCCCGGAAAGACAUGGAUAAAACCUCGAUUACAAAAGAACAAAAAAAUAAGAGAUUUUGUAUAUUUCAGUAUUAUAUUUCCAAUAACAAUUGUAAGUACAACUGGCUAUUUAUUAAAAUAUUUAAAUAAUUGUUUAAUUGAAAACUUGCAUAGAUAAUAUACAAAUAGUUUACUUCAAACUAUUUAUUUUAGAAAAUAUUAAUUAAAACCUAAAAGUGUGAUGCUUAAAUUUGUAAUAUUAUAUAGGUAGAUUCUUCACUAAAGAUGUAAUUGAAAUUUCUUCAUUGUAAAUAAAAUAAUUUUGGAUUUAAAGUAUUAGUCGAUAAAAAAGUUUAAAGCUAUUGGGUAAAAAACGAUAAUAUGUGACAUUCUUUUCUCAUAUGCAACGUAUUUAUCUAAUAAUUAUUUACAAAUUGAUUUCCUUAUUUUAGAUUUUGAACCAGUGGAAUGUAAAUAGUGAUAAUGUAUACAAAUGUAGAUAUUGGUUUUACUAUAUCAUAUAUUUUUUUUUUGUGCUAGCUCACAUUCGUGUAGGAGAUUUGAUAUAAAAUUAUGGACACCAGGCAUAGUUUUUGGACUAUUAUGGUAGAAUUUUAAUUCUAAUUGGCGCGCUAAUUGGAGAUAUACUGUUGAAAUUCCUAGUAGGUUUUUGUUUUAAUAAUUGGGAAAAAAAUUAUCAAAAAACAGGAAUAUUUACGAAACACCGGGUUUGGUUAAGAAAGAUGUUGUUCUUUUGAUUGUAUUAUAAAAAACAAAAUACAAAAAGUAAUUUUGAUAUAUUUGUAGACACUUGAUACUUUAAAAUUUUUGUUUAUGUUUUAUACAAAUAUUAAUUUUUUAUAGUUUUUAAAUUAAGUAUUAUUAUAUUUUUUCUUGAGAUGACAUAUUGUAGUGGUCGACGGUAAUAAAGAAUAAAUCGACUAUACCUAUAUCUACCUUAUCUAUCUUUAGAUGUUGUACUACUGUUUCGUGAUUUGUUGAAAAAAUAAAUUAUAUAGGUGUUAUUUCAAAAGCUAUAUUCUUAAAAAUUCAUUAUUAAAUCGUAUAUAACACACAUUUUAUAACGUAGGUAACUAUUUUUGAUUGAUAACAUAUUGAAACUAGGUAUAUAUUGCUAGGUCAAAUCUGUUUAUUUUAUAAAUAUAACAUACAGCAUAAUCGAGAUUUCCGUAGCUACCUAUAGAAAGACGAUAAUAUAUUAUCCAAUAUACGUUUGUAACUAGUAAUUACUAAUAAAUUAUUAUAUUGUAUUACGAUGCAAAAUCGAACACAAUAAAAUUAUGUUGAAUUAUAUAUUUUUCAUGUAUUAUUCAAGGUUGUUGUGAUAAUUUAUUGGAACAAUUGCAUGUUUUUUUAUAAAAUGAAAACUUAUCAUAAUAUAAAAUACCUACCUAAUCAACUUUUAUUAUCAAAAUCAACUAUCGUCUCAUUUUUAUCUCUUUUUUUUAUUUUAGAUUCUGAGUGAAGCGAGGAAUGUAUUGGUUUUACAAUGAUGUUAAUUUUUUAAUUUUUUUUUAUCUGUAUACAACUUUUCUACCAAAAAUAUUACUCCGUUUUUUAAAUUCAGCACUUUUUCCGAAAGGAAAUUUUAUCUGGGUGGUACUUUAGAAGGUUAUUUUCUUCAUUUUCCAAGAAAUUUUUUUAGUAAUUGGGAAAAACGGAGGAAAACUUAUAAAUAAAUGGACAAAGUAUUUACGUCGUAACGAUCUCAUGAUAUUACAUUUAUAUGCUUCAUUUUUUAUACUAGAAAACAUUAUACCAAAAACAAAUGACAAGACAUCAUUGUUUUAGCAUUUUUAAUCUAGUGGAUGAUUAAGAAUUUCGUUUUUGAUUUUCCGUUAUUUUUUUUUUGUUUUAAUAGUUGAGUAAAACUAAAAAUAAUGUAGAAAAAACGGGAAAAUGUAUACAAAUAAUUAUUGGGAUACAUUAAAUUCUCUUUUAUAUCUUACCUCCAACUUCUCACUUAUAAGAGUGGCCCACUCAUCGUGCUAAGUAUGUGUUUUUUUUUAUAUUAACCUGUAUACAAAAUAUAUAAAAUUGUUUAUGUGGACUAUUUAUUAGAUUGAAAUAAUUAUAAAUCGCAUAUAUUUAUAUGCCUAUAAUAUAUACUAUAUUAUGUUCAAUGUUCAUAUGUUAUUAUUAUACUUAAAAUAAAAAAAUUAUUGUAUACACAUUUAUACAUAAUAAUUCGAAAAUUAGUAACAUUAUGUAUCUACCUAUACUAUGAAGUUGUAUUAUUUAUAUUUUAUAAUAUAAUAAAUAUAUUUGUAUAAAGCACAAUAUAUAAGUAAUAUAAAUACCUAUCUAAAAGUAUUAAAUGAAAAAUCUUAAUUCUUUUCAAUUUUAAACUCAAUAAUAUUAAUUGCUAUUAUAGCUGUAUGUAUAUGUAUAUUGUCUAUAGUAGGAACUUUUUGAUAAAAUAUUUUUUAAAAAAAACAUGUUUUUUUUUUUAUAAUUAGCUACGCUGAUUUUUUUCGAGUUAGGGGUAUAUUAUUUAGUAUUAUAAGAAUAUAUUACUUAAUGUAGGUAUCAAAUAUGUUUCCUUAAGAAUUUACGUAACUUCAGAUUUACACUAUGUGGCGGCUAUCUACCUAUCUUAAAAAAAAGGGUGCUCAUAUAAACAUGUUUUUGGUUGAGGGAAGGGGAUUCUAAAUCAUCAAUGAUUUUUAUUAUUACAAACCAUAUUAAAGUCUAAAAUAGUUAUACUAUUUAUUUAUUUAUUUAAAUUUACAAACAAACGUAUAAAAUUACAAAUUGCAAGCUUAUACAAAGUUUGCACUCUUUCUUUAGGCAAUAACUGCUUGUAUUGAAAGUGUUCAAUUCUUAAAGUAAAUAUUUGUUUAAACAAUACUAUACGAGAAUUAUAGAGUGCUUAGGAAUCAGCUACAUUAAUAGAAGAAAUAAAGUAAUAAUAUACAUCUAGUACUGUCGUUAACUUAACAUUUAUACAGAGUAACGCAUCAUUUAUAGUAUCUUUAUGGUACCCAUAUUUAAAAGAAUAUAUAAAAGAGCAAAUUAAUUAAUGUUUAAAUUAUCUUUAAUAUAUAGUAUUAAAAUAAAUUAAAAUUAGUUUUACAACAGUGGUUGUCCAUCAUGCGAAGUAUAUCUGUCUUUUUUAUUUAUUUUGCAUACAUACAUAAUACAUUUAUAUUUACUCUAUUAUUAAUUAUACGAUUGAAAAAUAUAUUCCAAUUUAUACGAAAUAUAGUUCAUCAUUUCCUAUUUUGUUCAAUUUUGACCUUAAAAUUUUAAUUAAAACCAAAAGGAAGCCUCACACUCUAACUUAAAAAACUGGUUUUAUAAGGUUUUCAACUUUAAGAGGUCAGUGAAAAGACAUGAGAAAAAAGGACUAUAAUAACUAUUUAUCGAAUGUUCAAAAUUCUAUUAAACAUGAUCCCAAAAAUAUAACUGAACAUUUUUUAAUAACAAAAAAUCUAAUCGUAACUUUUCGAACUUAAUGAACUUAAUAACGAAGAGUUUGAAAGUGGACAAUUUAUUGUAAAUAUUUUCGAAAAACAUUUUGCUAGUAUUUAUGCACAACCACUACAUACUUCAUCAUAAAAACCUAAUUCUAUUAAUGCACUCAAUUCUAUUUGUAAUUUGGAUAUUUCCUUUAUGGAUGUAUUUAAUGAGCUUGAUAAUAUACAUCUAAAUUAUGACUUGAUUCGGAUAGUAUAUCCCCAUUUAUUUUAUCAUAUCCAAUACAUUUUUUGUUUAACCAGUCUAUGAGCACUGAAUUUUCCCUACAUUUUGGAAAACGGGUUUCAUAUCUCCUAUAUUUAAAAAUGGUGAUAGAUUCCCAAAAUAUUUAAUAAAAUAAUAAACAAUAAAUAAUUUCCUAUUAUUAAUAUCACGCUUAUAAACGAACAAUAUGGUUUCCGCCAUGGAAGAUCUACAGUCACUAAUUUAAAGAAGAUAUUUUAGAUUUACUUAUUUUAAUAACACGUUCGAUGGAAUUAAUCAUAAUAUAUUGAUUAUAAAGAUAAAAGAAAUAUAUGGCAUUUACGACCAUCUUUUGUAGUUUGGUUCUUUUUUAUCACACAAAGAGCAAAUUGAUAAAUAAAAAAACUUUUGACAUCUAUGAAAAGUAGUCCAGGUGGUCUCCGGAGCCCCGGUAUCGACCCACUCUUGGUGGCGAUUGGAGACUCUGGUGCCGACCGCGGACUCGUGCCUAGUGGUUAAAAAGCCAGGGGUCACCUACUAGACGGCGACUGAAUCCGUGAGCAGACGCUAUGUGAAUUAGGUAGCAGGUGCUGGGACCGCAUUUUGAUGCAUUGAAUGCAUCCGGGGCUUGCCCUGAAACCCUCCGGGCUCUAUAGCUAAAAUAAGGUCCCCGGUUGUACCGUACUUGCACGGAUUAAAAAUUGGGCCCACUGUUACAUGCUUAUAUAUCAUACCUACCCGCCCUAUCCCAAUUAUUAUGGAUGUAUUUUUGAGCUUAGCGAACAUUGAAUUGGCUCCCGAUAUUAGGUAAAAUACCCCAUUGAACAUUCAAUUUGCUCCUAAGAAACGGAAUAGUGAAUUAUCGAAAGAGCCAAUUUAAUACCUAAAUCUUGAUUGUCAAUUAAAUAGGUAAAAAUAAAGACUACCUAAGUUUUGGAACUAAUUCAAUAAAUUCGUUGAGUUCAUUUUUAAGUAGGUAUACUAUCAUGAUAGAAUAAAAACUAUUAAUUCCAUAGAAAUUAUCGGAUAAUUCGAAUGUGAGUUACUGACGAAUGGUUCGAUAUAUCUGUAGAUGUAGUAGUUAUUAUAGCUCAUAUUUGUAACACGAAUGUAUUGUUGUUGUACAAUAGGACGUGUGUGUGAUGUUUUGGGUAAUAUGUGUGGUUAACAAACCAUUGUUGUUUCCGAACGAAAUGAAAAAUUGGGUGCCAGAUUGGUAUAAUCACGCUGUGCACACCAAUCCGAUUGUGCUGACACUGUUCGAAAUGGUUACAACCGAUCAUCGUCUUCCUAAAAUGAUCGAAUCCACAGCCGGUCUGUUCGCGCUAUCCGGUUCCUACGUCGCAUGGUAAUUAAUACUCAUUAUCUAUUAAUCUAUUAUACAUUAACGUUUUUUUAUAAAUUUAAUCCUGUAUUUAUGUGGUUUAUUGGUAUUUAUUUAGGUACCCAUCCACCUAUAAUAAUAAUAACAAUAAUAAUAAUAAAUUGUAAUUUAAUGCCAUAUCUUAAAUAUUUUCAAAUGAAGUACCAUCCAACAGAAAAUGAUAUGUUUAGUUCAAACCGUAGGUAUAUCGUUCAAGUUUGUAACAAUUUCUUAAUAUUUUUACUCCAAUAAAUAAUAAAAAAAAUAGUAAGAAUUAAUGUCAAAAAGUUUAAAUUAGGGAAUAAUAGUUAUAGGUUUCAGUUUUCUGCAUUUAAUAAGAAAAUUCUUCGGAAAAUCGAAAAAUGACCUCUCUAAAGUACCUACACAGUGAAAUAUCCUUUUAAAAAAUGACUAUCAUUAUAAGUCGGAGCAAAAAUGUUGGUAGAAAAAUUUUGUGCAUAGAAAAGAAAAUCGUAAUACUAUACAAAUAUAUUUCGUACAUUUUUCCGUUUUAGAUUCGGAGUGUAUUGAAGAAUGCAUUAGUUUUACUAAGAUGUUUAUUUUUUUAUUAUUUUUUUUAUACUGUGUACAAAAUUUCUACCAGAAAUCAUGAUCAGAUAUGUACGCUCGGCACCAUUUUUGAAAGGGAAUGUUGUCUAGAUGAUACUUUUGGGAGAUCAUUUUCUGAUUUUCCAAGUGGUUUUCAUAUUAUUUGGAAAAAUCAGGAUUAAACGUAAGAAAAACGGGAAAUUACGAAAAUAAUGCUUUUAUAUUUUUCAAUUUUGUUAUUUGUUGUAAUUCAGUUACAAAAUAUUCGCAGAGACUUGAAAUUUGGAUAAAAAACUUAUGAUCGUUUUUUUUAGACAUGGUAAAAUUUUCAAACAAAUUUUGAGCUAUUUUUAGAAAUUUUAAUUUUUCGAAUUUUGUACGUAAUUUUUAUUCGGUCGGUACUCUGUGGUAAAAUUGUUUGACUUAACAGAAAUGCUUGAAAAUUUGACAGAAAGUUCAUUAAAGUAUUACUUUGUAGUCAAAAAAAGAAAAUUUGAGUUUAAAUAGUAUUUUUUUUUAUAAAGGAAUUUCAAUGUAAAAUUUUGACGAAAAUCGUUGAGUAAAAAUGUAUGGAACAAAUCUAAUUUUUCAAUUUUUUUUUUUUUUGAACAUAUGUAUAUUGUUGAUUGAAGAACGAUGGUGAAGAUAGAAUUGAGCGUACUGACUAAGUUUCGAAAUUAUAGCUUUUUGAAGUUUUAAUAUUAUGUGGAUAUUAUAUGCUAUGUUAAAUAACUCUACAGUGCGUUUCACUCACGAAAUAUUUUUGUCCAGUGACCUCGGAUUAAAUGGGUUUUAAAGAGAAGAUAGAAAAUACUGAAAUACACAUUUUGUAUGGAUUUUAAAAUCUCCUUAACCUUUUAGUGUUAAAUUGUUUAUCCAAAUAAAAUGUUGGAAAUAGGUGUUUUAAUUUUAAAAAAUGCAAGUUUUAUUGCGCAUGUGCAUACUGAAAUAUUAAGAAACUUGAAAAUCAGUCCAAAAUGUGUAUUUCAAUAUUUCUAAUCUUGUCUUGAAAACCCCAUUUCAAUUCGAGAUCAAUGAACUGAACAGAAAUAUUUCGUGUUACCAUUUGAGUGAAGCACAUUGUAUUAAUUUUCUUUAAGCAUAUUUUGUUGUAAUCUAAUGGUUAUGUAUGUCUAUUACCCAUCCUAGGAGUUCCGAGUUCAAACCAGUGUUUGAACACUGUAAACAAAAUUGAUAACAUUUUUUUUCAUUUUCAACUAAACAAGGAAAAAACAAAUGCAUUUUGAGUGUACCUAGAGACUCAAGCUAACGCUCGUUCGGACUAUUUAAAUCGCAAAAUACCCCUCGAUUUGUUAUGCAAAAUUUUCUACCAGAAAUCUUGCAUCAAAGUAUCAAGUGUAGCUUAUUUUUUAAAAGGAAAUUAUGUCUCCAUAGAAAUUUAAGGAGGUCAUUUUUUGAUUUUUCAAAAGGUUUUCAUAAUAUUUGAGAAAAACAUUUCGAAAAAAUGUCGGAGAACGCAAAAUUAGUAAAACAAUAUUGUGGCCUUUUUUUUCUGUGUACAUUUUUUCUACCAGUAGUUUCGCUCCGAUUUAAAAUGAUAGCACUUUUUCUGAAAGGAAAUCUGACUGGGAAGGUACUUUAAGAAGGUAAUUUUUCGAUUUUCUCAAGAGUUUUCCCAGCAAAUGUGAACAUAAUGUGAAAAUCGAGAAAAACAAGAAAAUCGGUACAAUAUUAAACAAAUAUUAUUAAAGAAAAUUUAUAAUGCCUAUUUAAUUAUUUUACCAUAAUAUAAUAUAAUAUAUAUUGUUGAUAAAGAAUCACGAUCAACUGAACUGCGCUUAGAAUCGUUUUUUCGUCAGCAAUGAUUUAUCGUUGCUCACAUAUAUACAUUAAAUUACCUAUGGGUAAUGCAGUGGCUGCACCCGUCUCCAUUUUCCUAAGACGUCUUUUUUUUGGUUUUUCGCAUUUAACGAGAAAACUCGAAAAAUUAUCUCCUUAAUGUACCGGGCUAGUAAAAAUUAGAGUAAGUUCUCUUGUAGAACAAUUUAUAAAAAAAUAAUUAUAAAUAAACAUCUAUCUAAAACCAUAAGCUUCUCCUCUCAACACAAGAUCUAAAAUCAAUUAGCAUUAGUAGCCUAAACGAUAAUAUUACAUAGAUUUGAAAUUAGAUGAAUUUGGUUAUAGAGCUUGGAUUUCAUUGAUUAGGUAUGUAUUAUUAUUAUUGUUAAAUUGUAUUUUUUAAUAUGGCCAUGAACUAUAACAUUUUUAUCUAAAUUAAUCGCAGAAAAACCUUGAUACUAUAUUACUUAUCUACUUAAAUAACAACGUUUGAGUUUAUCACUAUUACAACAUUUCCAACUGCAGAUAGUAUGUUUAUUGUUUAAUACCUAGAUAAUAUAAAUUAUUUUUCUUUAUAAAAUCCAUUCACUAAAAUGUACAAAUAGAAAUUAUCUUUUUAUAAGUUAUAAUAUUAUGACUAUUAUUGCUUUAUUAUUAAAGUUCAGUAUCCUUUGUGAUACUAUUAUGAUUUAAUAUGUAUAAUGACAAAAUUUAAUAAAGAGUAAGACAUAGAAAGGAAAUGUUGAACAUUUUUUUCAAACCUUUAAAAAUUUAUUUGACAUAAUCUUAAUGAUUGUUCAACGAUCAACUGGUAAAUUAAAUUAAAAAUACAUAUUAGUUGAUAUUUAAUUAAUUUGAAAAUAUAAUCAAUACUGAUGGAUCAGGGAUGGAUUCAAUACAAAAUAACAGAAGAGGAGGCAAUUUUGAAAAUUCAUAAUAUAAGGCAUAUAUUUACGAUGAGCAUUCCAAAAACAGUUUUCCAACUGCCCACCUAAAUUGGCCUAUAUUAUGUUAAUUUUUUAAAUUUUUUCAUUAGAAUAUAUAUUUAAGAACCGGCUAUUUAAUUGCAUCCUAACCUAAAUGUAAUAGAUAUAUUAAUUAAAUUAAUUAAUUAUUUUAUUAUAAUAUAAAUUAAUACAUUUGUUUUAUUUUUAUAGUUUACUUUAUAAUAAAUUUACAACCGGAAGAUGGGUGUAUCUAAUCAUUGGAGAAAUUGUAUCAAGUUUGCCGGAAUUAGUUCUGUAUUUUGCAGUAACGGCUUUUAUCAUGCCGUUUAUGUGUAUGUUGAUUGGGUACAAACUGUACUCAUUUUCAAGUAUGUCUGUAAUUCAUAUUGUUUACACAACGCGUAUUAUGAAUAACCACUAUAAAUAUGUUUAGCUUUGUUAUAUUAUAAAAACUUAUUUAAUAAUCGGACGUUGUUUUGUUUGUUUUCAGGCUUAAAAACAAAAAAAAAUCAUAAACUAUCUUAAAAAGGAUUACAAAAUAAUAUAUAAAUAGUAUAUCCACUCUUGAAACAGCGUUUACUAAAAUAAUUAAUUAUCUUGUUAAUAGUUUUAAUUGUCUAAAUUACUUAACAUACAAUUCAAUGUUGCACUAUUGUUUGUAAUUAUAUUAUAUAUUAAAUACAAAAUCUGUAGGUGCUUAAACUUAUUAAGAAUAAUAUACUCUUAUAAUUUUAACAUAGGUAAAAUUAUUGAUGGGUUUACCUAUACAUUUAUUGAUAUCUAUUUAGGUAAAAUAUAUUUUAAAAUAAUAUAUAUUAUAUAAAUUGUGUAUUAUACAAAUUAAACUGCAGGUUCCCUAUAGGUACUGAUAUUAUAACAUUAGGCCCAUAUAGUUUACUUGAAUUUAAAGUUACAUAAAUAUUAUAUUCAUACGAUUCAUAGGCAAUUUUGAAUCUAUUUAAUUUAAAACGUUACAAACUUAUACAUUAUAAAGGUUCAACAUAUUUAAGUAUUUUAAACUGUGAUAAUUUAAUUGUAAGUUACUUGUUGUAAUACAAAAUCAUUGUUACCAUUCAUAUUUAUUAGUUCAAUGCAUAUAUGUUUUAGUAAAAGUGAAAUUGGUUUUUUUUCUAAUUUUAAGUUAGGUAAUUUAUUAUUAUACUGUUAUCAAUUUAUUACAGGGUUUUUAAGCUAUAAAAGCACCCUAAAAUAUUAUUUUAUACAAUUAUUAUGUCAUAAAUAUUAUAUUGGUAAAAGUAAUUUAUUCUGAUUACUUACAUAAUAGUAUUUAUAAUAUUAAUAUUAUUAUAUAGUUAUUGAUAAUUUAAAUAUAAACCUAUUAUUUUAAUUCUUAUAAAAUAUUGUCAAUAUUAAAAUAUAACUAUAUAAGUUAUUCAGGGAUCCUAAAUCAGGGUCAUAUUUAUAAUUUACCAUCAAGGGGCAUUAAAAAAAAAAAAUGUAUUAGGAAGGUUGUGAAAGUUUUUGAUAGUUAUAUUAAUUAAUACUUGUUAGGUAAUAAUAUUCGUUAGUUAAUUAGUUUACAAAAUUUCAAUUGUAAUUAUAUUUAAAUAAGACAAUGUUAAAAACAAAUAAAUGGAAUCUUACCUAAAUUUUGAAUAUGAUGAACGAAUCAUUGAUCGUAUUAAUUUUAUUAUUAUUAGGUAUUUUUUAUAUAGUAUCAACAUAAUUAUUAAAUACCUAUUUAAAAAACUGUCAUUGUCAUCUAAUCUAACUUAAAAACUAUCAAUUGAAAUUUACAUGUUCAACAACAGAUAUAAUAUGUUUUGUUAAGAGUUUUUAUAAACAUUUAUAUAUAAAAUACUUCAUAAGAAAAUCAAAGUAACAUAAAAUUAAUUAUAAUUAGUUCAUCAUCUGUAGUUAUGCUUAUAGGCAUGGGUAUAAUAGCUAUGUGAAUUAUAAUUAAUUUAUUAAUAUGUAUUUAAUAUUUUUUAAUUGCUAGUUAAUAGUUUAUACAUUUUUUAAUAAUAUAAACGAAUUAAUAAUUUAUUUAUUUUUGAACAAUAUUAAUUAAUAAAAAUCA